CCUGCCGCGGGUGGGGUUUGGUUAAAUAACGGGGCUGGGGGUGGGAGGCAUAGAACCCCAUUUUCUUCCCCCUUGCAGAAACUUUCAUGAUGGAGGAGUAGAUAAGCUUUGGGGUGAAAUAGACGAAGGAGAAUGUAAACUUUGAGAUAGUAGAUGGAAGAUUAGCUCAGUAAGGUGGCAGGCAAGGCAGGUGCCAUGGCCUUGAUUGAAGGGGUGGGUGAUGAGGUGACCGUCCUUUUCGCGGUGCUUGCCUGCCUUCUGGUGCUGGCUCUCGCCUGGGUCUCAACACACACUGCGGAGGGUGCCGACCCACUGCCCCAGCCAUCAGGGACUCCAACACCAGCACAGCCCAGUGAAGCCAUGGCGGUCACCGGCAGCAUCAGAGGGGAGGCCCCAGGAGCCGAGACCCCCAGCUUGAGGCACAGAGGUCAGGCUGCAGAGCCAGAGCCUGGCAUGGGGCUCUCAGCAACGUCGCCAUUGCCAGACUCCCCCCAGGAGCCCCUAGUGCUGCGGCUGAAAUUCCUCAACGAUUCGGAGCAGGUGGCCAGGGCCUGGCCCCACGAUACCAUUGGCUCCCUGAAAAGGACCCAGUUUCCCGGCCGGGAACAGCAGGUGCGGCUCAUCUACCAAGGGCAGCUGCUAGGAGACGACACCCAGACCCUGGGCAGCCUUCACCUCCCGCCCAACUGCGUCCUCCACUGCCACGUGUCCACGCGCGCCGGGCCCCCACCGCCCCCUUGUCCGCCGGGGUCCGAGCCAGGCCCCUCCGGGCUGGAAGUGGGCGGCCUGCUGCUGCCCCUGCUGCUGCUGCUGCUGCUGCUGCUCUGGUACUGCCAGAUCCAGUACCGGCCCUUCUUCCCCCUGACGGCCACUCUGGGUCUGGCCGGCUUCACCCUGCUCCUCAGCCUCCUGGCCUUUGCCAUGUACCGCCCGUAGUGCCUCCGCGGGCCCUCGGAGGCGUUGCCGGCCCCUCUGGACCUCGCUCCCCACGACACAGUGGGCGUUGUUGUCUGCCCAGGCCCACCUCUCCGGCCUGCCUCUUCCCGCUGGCCUGGAGCCCGGCCCUGCGCAGCAGAGCGCUCCGCGAGUCGGUCGACGCCCCUCCCUGUGACCGCCGUGGCUCCGGGCCACGUCCCCGGGCUGCUGGCUCUCAGCCCCCACUGACAGUCGGCUCCUCAGGGUCAGGCAGCUGCUGUCACUGCCUCGGCCCUGGGCAGAGCCGGGCCACACCCCUGGGCCCCUCUGAGUAUCCCGCCUGAGGACCCAGCCACCUCUAGUCCCUAAAGCUCCUGGGGCUGAUUUGAGGACCUAAGGACUGCGGGGCGCUGGGGAAGGGGAGCUGGGAGGGGCAGAGGGAUUGUGUGGAACACGU